AUGAUGCAAAGCUUUUUAAAACUCGGUUUAACAUUAAAGGCAUACAUUCUAUUUUCAAUUUUUCAAUAUGCUGCUUGUGAGCGACUGGUAUAUUCUAUCACGGCUGAAGUAGGGGCAGGAAAUAUCACACAUUACAGCCUCAAGCAAGAGGGUACUAUAACAUUAAUUCUGAACAGUAUCGUUGGUGAUGCGGAUAUAUACGUAUCAGAGACUAACACGAAACCGGACUACAGUGAUUAUGAUUUGCAAUCCGUGACUUGCGGUCAGGAUAUAGUAACCAUACCAAAAGAAUUCAACCGUCCUGUGGGGAUAGCUAUAUUUGGACAUGUGUAUUUUCCAUUGUCUAAAUACGAGCUGACGGUUGUACUGGAUUACAAUGCAAGUGGUUCGGGCCAAGACAAGAGUUCUUAUGCAGAUUUUUUCCACGGAGAAGAGGGAUCUAACGAAUCAACACUUUGGGUUAUUUUUGUCAAUAUCUUGAAAAUUAUCCUUGAGAUUUUGGCCUAA